CGAUUGCGGCAUGUGCAUUGAGAUAGUGCACCGUGUCAAUAACAUGAUAGUCACACAAGGGGCGCACACAAAGAAGAAAGCGAGACGCGAAGGUAAGCUGGCGGGACGGAAAAAUCUUGACCUAACCGUUCGGCCCUCACGAGUCUAGAAUCGGGGGUAGAUUCGAUGCACAGCUUUAUUCGAUCCCCACUUUAGGAGCAAUCAUCCCGUGUCUCUUCCUUUACGCAGCAAACACAGAUUCAUUCAUUCAUUCAGUCAGUAAGUUAGAGGCACCCCCUUCUAUGCAGACGCCCUGCCCGCACGGCAAUUGGCGGCACAGCUUCGAAGACGGGCAUAUCCAUCGCCGGCUCGUCGGUGUACCACCUCUCGAGCCCAUCUCUCUCGAAUAUGCGCAGCUCCUGCGAGACACGAGCCACAAGUGACACAGAGAACACCCACGAGUAUGUCUCCCUCUCUGUCACCCACCCACCUGUUCGACGGUCGGAAUCAUCACGAAGGGCUCCUGUUGCCAGGGGCCCCAAGGGAAAGGAGGACGGAACCACUCCAUACCAGGGAGCCCCUGCCAUGACGCCCCGGGGAAGGGGGGCGGCCCCUGCAGGCUGCGCGGCUGAAGAUAACCCGGAAAUCGAGGGCGUCCACGUGGCUCGUACGGUGACCUGGUGACGGCCACGUAUGGGUCUCCUAGCUGCUCUGCCGUCGGUUCCUUGGUCUUUUCCUUGCCCUUUUUGGGUCCGCAGAUUGGGCUGCAGGGGCUGCAACGACAGCUUGUAGCAGGUUUCUCACGGGGCUCCGGCUCUGGGGAGACGCGGGGCGGUGCGAAUGGCAAGCGCAUGACGGGCUCGGCUCGCCAUUGGGCGUAUCGUUCCGGUUCCAGGAAGGCCAGCUCGUCUUCGUUGUAGAGCUCGGCAUAGAUGGUGUCUGCUGUGUGUGCAUACACUCGGCCGGUCGCUGGGUCGGUGUAUUCGGCGAAGGGCAAAAAGGUGGGCGGGCCGGGCAGCGGCUUCUCGAGCACUGGGUCCCUGCUCCUUGUGGGGUAGUGCGCCUGCCGGCUGUACCCGAAUGUGUACUCGGUCGCCGACGGAUUCGUGGCAAAAUUCAUCGCAAAAAGCUGAGUCGCGCAACUGAAGUGAGACACAAGCGACCACCAGCCUCAGAGGCCUUACUGUCUGGUGGAGAUCCCGUCCUCGUUACCUCUGCUGCUGUGUCUUCGUUGGAGGAAGGAAUAUCACACGAUCAAAGCCAUAUAUGCCGCCAUCUUGACCGUCAGGGAAUCCCAGAUCUCCUUCACCACCAUCGACAUCAGCUGGCAUCAUUGCGCUGCUUCUGUCUGUCGUCUCCGAUGCAAAAGCAGCAGCCCCUUCGCAGCUCUGGGCAUCGAUAUGCUCACUCCUCGAUGACAGGGGCUCAGCUACGGGGCCUGACACAUUCCAGGGCGGUAAGGAAAUGACGAGACAGGCGACACAAGGAUGACUAUGCCUUUUGCCGACCAGCUGCGCCGGGCUGCUCGUGUGCUGGUGUCCACACUGGGGGCACUCGGAGAUCUGUGGACACCUAACAAGAAAGGAUGGCAUGCACGAGAACUUGGCGGCGUCCCAGAGUGACGUCAGAUGUCUGCUCACGAUAUAGUCAGGUUCUGUGAUCAGAAGGAGCGGGAAGAGCAAACGAAUUGAGGUGAUGCCUGUUCCACAAUCGAAUGUGGCCUACCCGAGCGCUCAGCUUGCGGCCCAACAUAGGUGUGCUUGGACGUGUACUGCACACACAUCGAUGUGGUGGGGUGGUAUGUGGGAAGCUCCGUUCCUCGCCCAUCACCCUACCUUGCUCUUCUUGGAGUCCCCCCCCGUGGCGGCAGAGGAAGACGAGCUGCAGAACUCGGGCAGGGGAACCUUGGGUGCAUCAGGAGGCUCCUCCCCCACUUCAUGUGGCAGACCUGCAUGGGGGACAAAAGUCGCAGUGGAAAGGCUGUUGGGGCGGAGCUCUUGCAGCCUACCUCUGUCCAUGCCGGGGAGGGCAAUAUUUGGGAGGGCCUCGGAGGGGAUUGAAGGGAGAGAAUUGCC